GCCCUUGUCAGGCGGCAAGCAACUGCCCUCAGGGCGUAUUACGAAUGCAUCUGAUCAAGACCCCGGAGUGCGCCAACGGAAACAACAGCAUAGCCCCUCCCCCACAAGCCCCGCCCCUCCCUCAUGGCAGCGGCACGUGACCAGGCCGUCAUGUCCCGUCCCCUGCGUCUCGCCGUUUCUCUGCUGAACGUGUCGGGGGCGCGGGACCCCAAACUCGUGGAGGCUGUGGCCUGGGCUGCUUUGCAGACUCCUCACGGACGCCUCUUCCCCAAUGCCACCGUGCUGAACGUGUUCGCUGACCCGGAGUACAACCGUUCUGUCAUCACAGUCGUGGCUCCAGUGGAGACGCUGGGUGAAUCCCUGGUGAGUGCGUGCGUGCGCGCGUGCGCCCUCAUCGACGUGUCGGCGCACAGCGGCGGGCACCCGUGCCUCGGCUCCGUGGACCUGGUCCCCGUGCACCCGCUCAGCGACUCCGUCGGGCUGCGCGAGUGCGGACGUGUCGCCCAGGCCGUGGCGCGGGAGUUGACGCUGCAGGUGCCGGGCGCGUCCGUGUUCCUCUUCGGCUGGGCCGACGACCCCGGCCGCCGGAGUCUGGUGUCGCGCCGGCGCGAGUGGGCCUGGUACAGGGGCCCCGGCCAAACCGCUGCCGAGGUCGCCCCGCCCGUCCCGGACGUGGGGCCCGUGCCGGGCCCUCGCUAUGGCAUCACCGGUGUGGGCGCGACGCCGUACGUGAUGAACUGCAAUGUGACAAUCGACUCGACCGACCUUAGGCUGGGACGCCGCAUCGCGCGCGCCCUGCGGGCCUCCAGCCCGGGCGGCCUCCCCGGCGUGGAAGCCAUGGCCUUCCCGCACGAGGGCCGCGUCGAGGUGGCCUGCAACGUGCGCUGCUUCGGCAGCCUCCAGGAGGAAGAGGACAACGCACGUGGAGCCACAGGCGGCGCCGACGGCGGCGCCAGCGAUCACGUGCCGGCCUCGCGCUUCGAGUACACGGAGCCGGCGCGGGUGGAGGCGCGCGUGCGGGAGCUGGCGGCGGGCGCCGGCGUGGGGCUGGUGGGCACGGCACUCGUGGGCUUCAUGCCAGGCCGCUGCCUCCGCCUGGCCGAGGAGGCCAUCGCCGCCGGCGUGCCCGACUUCUGGCGGCGGCGCGAGGGGCGCCACAUGUGAGGCCGCCGCGGCGCCACCACUCACGAGGAAAGGCCGACGGGCGUGUUUACCAGCGGCACCUAGAGUGUACUCGGACUGCCCUGGUCGGAGGACACUUUUACGAUCCUCAACGGUGCUGAAGACGCAGCACCACAAUUGCUCGCUCAAGUGCCGGCGGAAGGGCCUUCACGAGGGGGAUCUCUUGAGCGUGUUUGGCCUACUCUUCCACGCUGGAGGAAGUGGGUGUACCCAAAAUUUACCCCACCACGCGUGACCUGCUCAACUGUCUGCAAGCUGUACCCAGAAACUAAAUCCACGUGUACAUUAACAUAGCGCACAUUAACAUAGUGCACAUUAACAUAGUGCACACUGACAUAGCGCACAUUAACAUAUUGUACAUUAACAUAGCGCACAUUAACAUGGUGCACCCAGAAACAAUCGCUCAUCAUCUCGUUUGGUAUGGCAUGGGCCUGGUGCGAGGCCCCCUGUCCAAUUUCCUUUCUCCUUGUCCACUGGCUCCUUGGCCACUCCGGUCCUUGGGUUCCAGUGCGGUUGGACCACCUUGGCCACAUUCCCUCCUUUGGCUGCCACUCCAUUGUUAGUCUCGGCCACCGGCCACUUCACGUUCUAAACAGUCCAUACGACGCCUCUGAACUUGCGUAUCAUCCCGAACUCAUUGUGUUCCUCUUUUGGUUUCUCGGUGUCAUUCCCACCUUGCCACUUCUCAAUUAACUCUACCACAUUUUCAAGCGGCUCAACCGAGACACGUGGUGACCUGGCAGUGCCGCACUCCCCCCCCCUCAUGAGUCCGGCACGACGCCGAAGCACUUUAAAGCGGAGAUGAAAUCUCUAAUUCACACAAAUGAUUCGAUGGGGACUUGAGACAGACUUUCUGAAACCACCAGGACCCCCUUCGGGUCUGUACCGGCCACGCGGGGGGCAGCCGCAGCUGGUGGCUGCAGUCCCCGCGCUGCGCCCCGCACAGUUCACACGGAGCAGCUCUCUUGCACGGUGGCGAGCUCCAUGGUGAUCGGCAAUAAAUAAAUAACAGCCACCGCUCGCUCGCUUGAGCGGCCGUAUUCAUAUUCAGCGCAGCUGCUGAAAUAUUUAAGGAAUCGGCUGGGUACGACGAGGCGGGGGUGGGCGGUGGGCGUGAGGGGGGGGGGGCGCCGUGGGGGGCGCCGUGGGAGGCGCGCGAUCAAUAAUUUAAACGGCGGCCACGUGACGACGGCACGGCCACGACUCGGCGUGAGCCACGCUGCGCGUCACUCACGCCGCCUCUCAUCCCCUCGCUCCCUCUUCCCCGCACCCAUCUCAAUACCCCCCCCUCCCCACCAUGCCUGAUGAUUUGGCACCGUGGGGGGUCUCGUCCUGGCCUGUGGGGGGCGGGAGGGAACCUGAGAUGAGAGUUCUACCUCGCGCUCAAAGCGGGGCCCCCACCACGCGCUUGAGACAUUUCUUGCGGUGCUCGUCUAGACGGAGGUUGUGAGUGGGUUGCGGAAAUUCCACGUUACCAUGGUGGGAAUCCAGAAGUGUCGAUGAUGAAUAUCGUCGGCGACGCUGUUGGCGGAGGGCGGGGAAUGAAUGGGCUUCGGCUCCCGCUGCACACCGCGGUGUUUAUUGACCACCGCCCGUGUCGAGGAUGCGCUGCUGCCAGCUUGUUUCGGAGAUUCGGGCCCACGCCGUGUGUCCUCGGCUGCCCGACGCGACUUCCACCUCCGUUGAUCAAAUAAAUAAAUGAAUCAUUCCUCCUUUAGGUCACGGCCAGGUGGUACUCGAUCGUACAGACGAUGGCAUCGCCGUCACAGAGUUCACUCGGCGAUGCCAUCGGAGUUCACUCGGUGCGGAGGUUUCGAGAGAGCACGAGACGCCACGUGGGGUGGCUUGAGGGCCGCGCUGUUUUGUGAGACGCCGGCACGCCGAGUUCACGAGUUCAACUUUGGUGACAAUUCCCGCUCGUUUCUCUCUGGUCAAGGAAUUUGCACUUUUGGUUAAAAAUCCUUUCGUGAUGCCGUGCCGGCCUGAAUACUCGCCAGUAGCACUUUCACCAACUACUUGUUGCGUCUGCAUUUAUGUGCACGCGUGUGCAGCGAUGACGGCGACAAUGAACAGCCGAGAGAGGCAGCGCACAGAACGUCGCCACUUGAGCCGUCGGCACCACGAAUCGCGUGGCCCUGGCCGGAGCGCAGCAGUCCCCACGAGGCUGGGACCCUGAGCGCGCCGGGCAGGGCCCCAGGCCGUAGUGGCCACGCGUCCACGGCAGCCGCGCCCUGCCCCGAGGUCGGCUCCGGCCCUGCGCUAAAGCCGCCGCCGCCGCCGCUGAUGGUGGUGGUGGCGGUGGUGCCCCAGGGCUCUGGUGAGAUGGGCGCGAAGAGGCGAGGUCUCGCCACCGCGACCAUUUCAGUCACCGCCGCAGAUGCCGCUCGACGUCGCAGCUCGGCGCCGGCGUUGUUGAUGUCCUCGAGAACAUAUCCUCGCCUCCAGCCAUGGCAGUGGCAGCAGGAGGAGGCCUCGCGCAUGGCUGCUGGCACAUUCUCCAUCAGUGCGCCUUGCCGAGUGUAAGUUGGUGUCAUCAGCAACAGCAGGCGUGAUCUAUCUACUGCUGGGUGAAAGCGUCCCCAAACCGUCGCCAUUCCUCGUGGUCUUGCGAUGCAACGACUUGAGCAGCUCCCGCACACCAACUGAUCCCGCGGCUCCAUCAUCUCCGUGGCGCGUGCGUGUCCACGUGGGUUGGGGGCACAGCUGGUGGUGGUGGUGGUGGUGCAUCAGCAGGUCAACCCAUGGCACCUCGGUCUGUCCCCGUAAACUGAUGUCAGCGAGCCUUCCGCACUUAACGUGACGGCCUCAAAAUGCACCUAGCCUGGCACACGCGCUGGGGUGAGGUUACACCUUGUGUGGAAUGGCGGCUGUUGUAUGUCUGUGAGCGUGUCCACUCGGAUUUAAAUGGGUACUUUGUGGAGUGGGGAGACAAAGGUGGCCUGGCGUUUCUGCCGCAUUACCCCUUGUGCACUGUGCUGGCCUUCAAUAAUCGCUCUCUAGCAGCACUUGCCCCAACAGUCUUUAAAGGCUACACGGGGGGGAU